AUGUUGCGAUCGUGCGUUCGUGCCUACUCGACUACUGUUGGUUCACCAUUCCGGCUUGCUGUUGUAGGCAGUGGUCCUGCUGGCUUCUAUACCUCGCAUCGACUCUUGAAGGAGCAUCCCAACACACAAAUCGACAUGUACGAUAGUCUCCCUGUACCUCAUGGCUUGGUGCGUUUCGGUGUUGCUCCCGAUCACCCCGAGGUGAAGAAUGUCAUGAGCACUUUUGAUCGUGUUGCCGAAGACGACAGGUUCCGUUUCCUUGGCAACGUCACCGUGGGCGAUUCGUCAACUGGUGUUUCAGUGGAAGAGCUUAAACAGCAUUAUGAUGCCAUCCUGUUCUCGUAUGGUGCUAGCGAAGAUAGACAACUUGGUAUCCCAAAUGAGGAUGUCUAUGGUGUGGAUUCUGCUCGUGCAUUUGUUGCCUGGUACAAUGGACUUCCCAACUUUGAUUCAAUCAAGUUCCCCUUGGAUUCGACUGACACGGCAGUGGUGAUUGGACAAGGCAAUGUGGCGUUGGAUGUUGCUCGCGUCUUAUUAAGUCCAAUCGAUGAAUUACGCAAAACGGAUAUUACUGAAUACGCCCUGGAAGCUUUAUCCAAGAGCAGGAUUCGCCAUGUGCAUGUUGUUGGUCGUCGUGGUCCAUUGCAGGCAUCAUUCACAUCAAAGGAAUUGCGAGAACAAAUGAAUUUGCCCGGUGUGGCCUUCCAUGCAGAUCAUGAAUGGAUCAAGAAUGAAGUUGCCGAAGCACAACCUUUCAUCAGCAAGAAUCGUCCUUUGAAGCGACUUAUGAGUAUUUUGGAGAAAGGAUCAGCUACUAAGGCAGGGGAUCGAUCAUGGAGCUUGAAGUUUUUACGCAGCCCAGUCGAGAUUUUACCAAAGGAUAACCAAGUGGAUGGUAUUCGUUACGAGAUCAAUCGCCUUGGGGGUCCCUUUGAUCAACGUAAAGCAAUCGGCACCGGUGCCUUUGAAGAUCAGCCAUGUGGAUUGGUGUUGCGGAGUAUUGGAUACAGGAGCAUUUCGAUGCCUGGUGUACCCUUCAAUGAUCGUCAAGGAAGAGUGCCCAAUUAUCUCGGCAAGGUGCUGACAAAUGAUAAUCAAGAGGUGCCUGGCAUGUACACUGCUGGUUGGCUAAAGCGUGGUCCUACUGGUGUGAUUGUGUCUACUAUGAACGAUGCAUAUGAAACAGCUGAUACUAUUGCCUACGAUUUGAAACAAGGGAAGCCUAUGCUUGCAAACUCACACAGUGAUGGAGCGGAUGGAUUGACGGAAUUAUUCAAGGAUCGCAACAUACGACCUGUGAGCUAUGAAGAAUGGAAGAUCAUUGAACAAGCUGAAUUUGAUGCUGGUCACAAGCUCGGCAAACCUAGAGAGAAAUACGCAAAGGUUGAAGAUAUGAUGGCCCUUUUGAAUUAG